UAAAUUUUGAAAUACGUCAGUCGAGUUUUUGAAUACUGCGCAUAGCUUUAAAAAAUAUGGAUAGUGCUCAGACUUUAAAAGUGCUACCAAGUGGAUUCUGCUUGUUUUGCACAGCUAAAACAAAUCUCGUUUGCCAUCGAUGCGGAGAUUUUUACUGCUCAAAAGAAUGCCAGCUGAAGGAUUGGCAGCGGCAUCGAUAUAUUUGCUUUUGUAUUCCUUCUCUGGUGCAUCCCAUGGCGUGCUCCGUUUUUACAGUUGCUGAACUCUCAUCCGGAAAUCCAGAAAAGCUCCCGGAAAUAGGGAUCAAUGAUAUAGUUAAGCCGGAGCUGAAAGUCGAAACACGUAAAAAAAUAUCAUCGGAAUCUGCUCGUAUGACGCCGAGCCCCGCCCCACUCUCCACGAAUGUGCAGCAAAAGGAAUGCGAUAAGAAAAUAAACAAUGCAAAUGAUAUAGUGGAAAUUAUUACAUCCGCUAAGCCGACAAACAACAAGAACAAUUUCAACGCCAAUGGGACUCUGAAAAAAGCUGAGUUGACAAAUAUUCGUCCGGCUGUUGCAGUCGCGCCAUCAAGCAGUUGCAUUGUUUAUAUUACAGAAAUGAUUUCAGCGAAUCGUUGUUUUAUACGCGACGCCAGCGAAUCUGCUGAGAAAGCAUAUUUUGAAAUCUGCGAGAAGGUGAAUUUGAUGGGCGAUAAGCUACUAAAGAAAAGCUACAUUAAACCCUGUGAAUAUGCACUACUCAAAUAUAAUGGACGGUUCUAUCGUGUCAAAGCAGUUGGUAAAAAGGUUGUUUCACCACGACUUUUCUUGGUGGAUGAGGGCAUUAUAAAAGUUGAUAAAAAGAUUGAAUUACGCGAAAUCAGUAAAGAGCUUUUAGAGCUGCCUUUUUGCAGCUCGCAGGUGCAACUUAAGGAUGUACCCAACUUUAUGUUAAAUGACCAUGUCUUUGAGUUUCUCAAGCAGUUUGAGAGCGACAAAUUCAUUGCAACGUAUAGUAAAAACGGACAUGUGGAAUUGCAGCAUGUGGAGUCAAAAAAAUCCUUAAACGCAAUGAUUUGUGAAUUCUGUUCAAACAUGGAAAUUUUUGGCAAAAACCCUUUAGUUGAUAAAAAUAAUUCAGAGCCUGCUAAAAAAGGUGAGCAACAACUUGUUAGCAAAAAGGAAACGGAUGCAUCAAAAACGCCAAUCGAAAAAAGUCAGAUGUCUAUCAAAUCUAAUCAAAAGCAGGCUGAAAACAUUACAGAAAUCAGCAUGAAAAUUUCACAAUCAAUUAAAGCAAUGCCAGAUCCUGUCAAAAUGGACAAUAAUGGUGUGGAUGCCUUAGAAGUUCCAAUAAAGAAAAGUCAAAUAAUGGAAAAUAUUCAAAAGCAAGCUGCAGCAGAUGCAGCACUCUCCUUAAUCAAUUACAAAGCACAAGGAACUUCAGUUGAUCAGAGUCCUAAAAGAGAUGAUAAUCAGCAAGUUUUUAAUAAGAAUGCGGAUGCAUUAGAAAUUCCAAUAAAGAAAAGUCAGAUAAUGGAAAAUAUUCAAAAACAAGUUGCAGCAGAUGCAGCACUUUCUUUAAGCAAUUACAAAGUACCACACAUUAAUUAUGAUCAGAAUCAAAAAAGAGAUGUUAAUCAGCAAGUUUACAAUAAGGAUGCAGCACUUUUUUUAAGCGAUUACCAAGUAAAAGGCGUUAGUACUGAUCAAAGUCCUAAAAGGGAUCAUAAUUCACAGGAAAUUAAAUUAGAUUCGAAACCAAUUGCUGAUGUAAAGUCCACAGAAAACUUAAAUGCUUUGCAAACCGUUGAGCUGAAUACUGAAGAGAAAAAAAUACUAAGAGAAUAUCAAGAGAAGGGUCUAACAAAAAAUCAUAGUUCACAGGAAAACCAAUUGGAUGCGAAUACAAUUAAUGAGAAAUUCAAAGCAAAUGCAAAUGAAUUGCAUAAUCUUCUGCUGAAUACUGAAGAGAAAAAAAUUCUACAGGCAUAUCAAGAAAAUUAUUCGAUACCAAUUGCUUAUGAAAAAUGCAAGGAAAAUGUAAUUGAACUUCAAGGAAAAGGGUUACUAAAGGAUUGUCGGGAAAAUUCAGUAACUAUAAAUCCAGCAACGCCAUACGUAGGAACACAGAAAGUUAAUCCUGCAAUUGAUUUGGUCAAACCAAAUCUUGAACCUUUGUUAAAACCUCCAUUUGAAAUGCGACGAUUUAGCACUACCAACAAGGAAGGAUUUAAUGUUAUUAUUGUGGAUAAUGCGGAUGUUUCGCGAGGAAUCUUUGGCGCCUUUGAUAGCAUAAAUGCAAAUGAUUUAUCAAAACUUUAUAUUUAUCUGUCGGAAUUUAAGGACUUACAGCCCUACAAACCGAUCCUCAAGGAGUACGUAAUAGCUAAAUACGAAAAUUCUUGGUACCGCGCCAAGGUGAAAGGAAUAAAGGAAAAUCUUUACACUGUUAUAUACCUUGAGUUUACCAAUGAAGCAACUAUAACCGAGCAGGAUAUUCGCCGUUAUCCAGAAGAUUUGACAGUGCCCUGUCACACAAAUGUUUGCAUACUUGAAGGUUUUCCACACCGGCCAACGAAGCGACAAAUUGAUUUUUUGAAGGAGAAGUUGCAAAUGAACAGCCGUCUUCAUGUUGACAGUGUUAACUAUUUACAGGAUAUAGCCUUUAUCAAGUCUAAAACUUUAAUUGACGAACUUAACAAAAUGUUGUAAAUUGUAUCUUGAAAUAACAAAAUCGAACAGAAUAAGUUUUGUAUUUUUAUACGCCGUGCGUGCUUUAAACAUUCUUGUAUGUUGAUUAUCCAAUAACACUUAAGUGUAAAACUUAAUGGUAUAAAGAAACC